AUGAUUACUAUCUUCUCAUCCUUCCUCAUAACAACAUGCAUUUGCACCCUCACAAUAAGACCCUCCUCCGCCAAAGACCCCGACAACCUCUUCGACUUCUGCCCAGCCGACACCAAAACCCGCAACAUAUUCAUCAACGGUUACCCGUGCAAGAGCCCGUCCGAGAGAGGCCCGUCCGACUUCAAGUCCACGGCCCUUUCCGUGCACGGUGACACGGACAAUCUCUUCCGCUCCUCCGUGACUAUGUUGACCGCGGGCCUAUUCCCGGGCCUCAACACUCUCGGGCUCUCGGGGGCUCGAAUAGACCUCGACGUGGAUGGGGUUGUGGCCCCGCACUCUCACCCGAGGGCUUCCGAGAUUAUCUUUAUUCGGGCCGGGCUUGUGGUGGCCGGGUUCGUGGACUCGGGGGCCCGGGUUUUUCAGAAGGAGUUGGGGAAAGGGGAUGUUUUCUUGUUCCCCAAGGGACUGUUGCACUAUUGCUUUAAUGCCGGGUUUGAGGAGGCGACGGUUUUUUCGGUUUUGAAUAGCCAGAAUCCUGGGGUGGUCGGGAUUUCGAGCAGUUUGUUAAUGGUGGAGAAAUUGAAGGGCGUGACAGUGAGGGAUUUGGAUGGGGUUAGUGCUGUGGAGUUGUUUGGUGAGUAG